AUUUCACAUGACGCAACGGCUGCGGGAAGCGGUUCGCGAGCCGUGCCCGCCGCCGCCAUUUUGUGAGCGCGGAGACUGAGCCGGCGGCGGCCCCGAGGAGCGGCGGCACCGGCAGCGCAGCCAGCGGGAGCCUCAGCGUGGAGGAUGCGGUAGAGGAGCCCAGCGGCAGCGGCGGGGGGGCGGCAUCGGCAUCGCUCGGCGGCGGCUGCGGGGAUCGCGGGGAGGGGGCUGUCGGUCGGUGGGUCGGGUCCUGGUCGGAGCAGCAUGUCGGCCCCGGAGAGCAGCGCUGGCAGCAGCGAGGCCCGGGAGGACGCGUGCCGCGACUACCAGUCGUCGCUGGAGGACCUGACGUUCAACAGCAAGCCGCACAUCAACAUGCUGACCAUCCUGGCCGAGGAGAACGUGCCCUUCGCCAAGGACAUCGUCUCCCUGAUCGAGGCGCAAAUCGCCAAGGCUCCUGCAUCAGAGAAGCUACCCGUUAUGUACCUAAUGGAUUCCAUUGUCAAGAAUGUGGGAAGAGAGUAUCUCACAGCAUUUACUAAAAACCUAGUUGCAACAUUUAUUUGUGUAUUUGAAAAGGUGGAUGAAAAUACUAGGAAAAGUUUAUUUAAAUUACGCUCCACAUGGGAUGAUAUUUUUCCUUUGAAGAAACUAUAUGCACUUGAUGUCAGAGUCAACUCAUUAGAUCCUGCCUGGCCAAUUAAACCUCUGCCCCCAAAUGUGAAUACUUCUAGCAUCCAUGUGAAUCCUAAGUUUUUAAAUAAAUCGCCAGAGGAAUCUAAUGCACCUACCUCUGCUGUCACUUCUGGUGCCUCUACUCCUCCAGCUGUUCCUGAAAUACAAAAGAAUUUGACACAGGAGCAACUGAUAAGGCAGCAAUUGCUUGCAAAGCAAAAACAGUUGUUAGAACUUCAGCAAAAAAAACUAGAGCUGGAGCUGGAACAGACUAAAGCACAGUUGGCUGUAUCUCUUAGUGUUCAGCAGGGAUCAUCUAGUAUAGCUUCAGUUCCAGCACCUUCCAAGCAACACGUGUCUCCCACACCUCAUAUGACAGUUAAACCACCUCAUCAGACUGCUGCGCAAUCUGAAAAAAACAAACCAUCCCCAAGUCCUCCACUUCAUGAUAUCAAAAUAGUGAACAGGGAUCCUCGGCUUAAUAGGAUGGGUCAACAUUCUUCUCAUACUAAAGAUCAAUCUCACAGGAAAGAAUUUUCACCGAGUGUGACCAGUCAGUCUGAGACCAAGGGAAACAAAACAGCACAGGCUGAAAAACAGAACUCAACGAAGUCAGAAAAAUCAAAAGCAAGUGAAAAAACACAGAAGAAAGAACUUGAACAGUCCAAAGCAAAGUCUAAAUCGCCAUCCCCUUUGAAAAAUAAGCUGCCUGAUACUAAAGACAGUAAAAACCAGGAAUGUGAAAGUAGUAAGGCUUCUGACAUCAGUAAGCGGGAUCCAAGACUGAAAAGACAUCUUCAAGAUAAGUCAGAGGGGAAGGAAGAGGAGGUCAAAGAAAAGAGGAGAAGUACAGAGAAGAAGGAAAAAGAGGAGCAUAAGACAAGUGAACAUAGACCAGUGGGGAGCAGAAAUAAAGUGAUUAACGGUGCUGUUCAAAAACAAGACACAACUACAGAGGAGUCAGAAAAACAGGGUGGGAAACAAGGAAGAUCAAGUAGUAGAAAACGGUCACGAUCACGCUCUCCUAAGGCAAGAUCACCAUCUACACACUCUCCAAAAAGACGAGAGAGGAGAUCACCUAAAAGAAGACUUCGGAGUUUAUCUCCUACUUCAUCAACUCCUAAAAUUGGAAAGAUACGUCAGAUAGGCCCUAAGCAGUCUCAUGUUGAGGAAGGCACACAAGCAGCAAGAGAUGAAAGAAAUUCUAAUAAGAGAAAUGUUAAACAAGAGGUGCGUGAUCCAAGGAGAUUGAAAAAAGCCCAAGAAGAAAGACCCCAAGAGACAACCACCCAGCAUUCUGCAAAAGCAUCUCCAGAUCCAAAGGAGAAUGCAGAAAACUGGCAGGGAUCCAAAUCAGGCAAGAGGUGGAAAUCUGGUUGGGAAGAAAGCAAAAACUCACAGCAGAAUGAUGAACACCAAGCACUUGUUAAAUCCCCUCACCAAAGACAUCGGGAAAACUGGCCUGCUGGUAAAGGAAUUCUAUCACCCCGAGCACCAAAGCAGCAGCAUCGGUUAAGUGUGGAUGCCAAUUUACAGAUUCCCAAAGAAUUGACAUCUGCAAGUAAAAGAGAAUUACUUAAGAAGGCUAAUGACCGCUUGACAUCUGGUGAAAUAACACAAGAUGAGUUUCUCAUGGUAGCUCAUCAGAUCAGACAGCUGUUCCAGUAUCAGGAAGGAAAGCACAGAUGUAAUGUCUGGGAUAGCCCUACAGAGGAAAAAUGUGGUUUGAAAAAGAAACCUCUUCUAUCGGAUGCAGAAUUAACAUAUUAUGAACAUAAAGCUAAACUAAAAAGGACACAAGUUCAGCAUUCAUUGUCAAGGCUUGAUCUGUUGGAUCCUGAUGAUAUUUUGGAUUAUCAUAUACCUGAUGCAUUGCUUUCUGGAAUAGAAUGUGAGCAGGCAAAAGCCAAGCGGGGGGUACAGUUUGAGAGAAAAGAGCCAUUUGCAGAAAGAUCAAGGAGACACUCUCCUGUAAGUGGCACUACAAGACCAUUUGCUGAAAACCUGUCACCGCUUGAGAGUCGACGAAGACUUGAAGACCAGCGUGCUACUAAAGGAGCAAGAGGUUCUGAUCCAUACGACAGCUGGGGAGAAUCGGAUGAAUUUAGAGAUGCUCUCAGACAACAGGGGAAAAGCACAGCAGAGUUCCAGAAAACAGAUGGAGAUGCACUCUGCAGGUUUGAUAAUCGUGAAGAGAGGCAGCUUCUUGGGCAAGCUGGUGUUCGGGAGGAGCCAAGGUCACCAUUCACUGAACGUUUCAAAAGAGCUAGGUAUGAAGAUCCAGAGAAAGCACCAUUUCCAGAAAGUCCAGGGUCCAGAUUUGGAGGUAUUGAAGCAAAGCAGAGGAUAAGCGCACUGAUGGAAGACAGACCUCUGUUCGAUGGCUCACCUAGACCAACUGCUGCAAGGGUUGGGGUAGAUGGACAAGGCAGUCCUUUUGUUGAUGGUCCUGCUGCUGGUUCAAGUUCCAGAAUUGAUGGACCAGCUGGACAGGCUGCUAUGAGAUUUGAGGGGCCUUUGGUGGGGACAGGUGCAUCUCAGUUUGAUGGACCACUGGCAGGAGCUGGGGGAGCUGGAGCCCUAAGAUUUGAUGGGCCCCCAGGGCAGCUGGCAGGGUCCCUGAGAUUUGAAGGACCCCCAGGCCAGGUUGGUGGAGGAGGUCCGCUGCGGUUUGAGGGACCUCUUGGGCCUUUGAGGUUUGAGGGGCCUGCAGGGCAACCUGUAGGUGGUGCUAGAUUUGAAGGUCCUGGAGUUGGUCUCAGGUUUGAGGGUCCUCAUGGUCAGCCUACAGGUGGUCUCAGGUUUGAGGGACCUCAUGGUCAACCUAUGGGGCCUCGGGGUCAACCAGGGGGUGGUCUCAGGUUUGAGGGACCCCAUGGUCAGCCCUUGGGGCCUCAUGGUCAACCAGGGGGUAGCCUCAGGUUUGAGGGGCCACAUUUACAGCCGUUGGGGCCCCAUGGACAACUUGGAGGUGGCCUCAGAUUUGAGGGGCCACAUGGUCAGCCCAUGGGGCCACAUGGGCCAUCAGGUGGUGGGCUCAGGUUUGAGGGACCACAUGGACCAUCGGGUGGUGGGCUGAGACUGGAAGGACCACGUGGUCAGCCAGGUCUAGGUCCUAGGUUGAUUGAUGGACCAGUACACCAGGGAGCUGGUGGACUUAGAUUUGAUGGUCCUCUUGGUCGGGCUGGUCCGAGAUUUGAUGGAUGUCAUGGAGCUGGAUUUGAUGGUCAGCCUGGACAGCUGUCUCUCCUGCAAAGAUUUGAUGGAAUUCAUGGACAGCCUGGUCCAAGGUUGGCACCUGGCCAACAGGCACAAGCAAGAUUUGAAACAGCCAUACCUCAAAGAUUUGAUGGACCUCACCAGCCAGCCUCUAGGUUCGACUUGCCCCUUGGCCUUCAGGGUGCACGUUUUGAAAAUGUAGCUAACCAUCCUGCCUCAAGACUAGAAAUGUCACCAUAUGGACAAGGUGGUCCGUUUGUUGAGCAUCCUGGCCAGGGCUACAAUGGACCGGCUCAUGGAAUGCAGUUCCAGAGACCUGAUAUAUUUGAUGGUUCACCCGGACCAAAUUUCAAUGGGCCAGCUGGCCCAGGAGCACAGAGCUUCCCACUGAGAGCAGCUGGACAUUACUUCGAAGAAAAAGGUCUCCAGGGUCCUCAAUACGGAAAUUUCAGUAAUAUGCCAAUGGGAGGUAGUCAGGUUUCUCUCAUGUCUGCUCAACCUUAUGGCCAAGGUCAGCAGUAUUUGCCAAAUCCUGGAAGUUUUGUCCAGAACCCUGCAGGAGCCCUUUCCCAUUCAUAUCCUGAUAACCACCUUGGACAGGUUGAUGUGAAUGAAUUGUUUGCUAAACUGCUGAAAACAGGAAUCCUCAAAUUGUCUAAAACUGAUUCCACGUCAGCACAAGCAAAUGAAGCAUCGUCCCAGCCGAAUGCUGAAGAAGAAGAUGAUGAUCAGAAUGAAGAUCAAAAUGUUCCAGACCUCACUAACUUCAUAGUCGAAGAACUUAGACAGCGUUAUGAUAGUGUUAUAAAUCGACUGUACACUGGAAUUCAGUGUUACUCCUGUGGAAUGAGAUUCACUACUUCACAGACAGAUGUUUAUGCAGAUCAUUUAGAUUGGCAUUAUCGCCAGAACCGGACGGAAAAAGAUGUUAGCAGAAAAAUUACACACAGGAGAUGGUACUACAGUUUAACAGACUGGAUUGAAUUUGAAGAAAUAGCAGAUCUAGAGGAGCGUGCUAAAAGCCAGUUCUUUGAAAAAGCUCAUGAAGAGGUUGUGUUGAAGACACAGGAAGCUGCCAAAGAGAAGGAGUUCCAGAGUGUCCCAGCAGGACCAGCUGGAGCAGUGGAGAGCUGUGAAAUUUGCCAAGAACAGUUUGAACAGUAUUGGGACGAGGAAGAGGAAGAGUGGCACUUGAAGAAUGCAAUCAGGGUAGAUGAAAAGAUUUACCAUCCAUCUUGUUAUGAAGAUUACCAGAAUACAUCAUCGUUUGAUUGCACACCAUCUCCCAGCAAGACUCCUUCAGAAAAUCCACUAAAUAUGAUGUUGGACAUUGUUAAACAAGAAACAGAAGAGUCAUGUGACUCACCUAAAAUCAAAGAAGAACCUGAUGACACCCCUCCUGCCUGUGCAGAAGAGAGCACACCUGCAUCUACAGAAAUCAAAACAGAACCUGAGGAGUCUGUUUAAAUAAACUGCGGUAUGAUUUUUUUUUUUUUUUAAACAGAAGAGCUGCUGUGUUAAUUCUGGAAGGCGAAUACUUUUUAUAUGAAUAAAAUGUCCAAUUGAGGCAGGGCCUCAACUACUGUUUGGUUAAUAAAUACAUUUUUGUAUUUGAAAUUUCUUAUUGCCUGCACAGUUUCAGGUGUCAUUGUGUGAAAGUUCUGUAGAUGCGUGAAAAUUUAAUGGUAUAUGUAAAAAAUGUAAAAUUUUCACUUGUUGAAAUGUAAAUUAUAAAUAAAAGAUAUUUUUGCUAUGUAUGGAGUGUAAUGUUUAUGCACACCAUCAAAUAAAUACAGUGUUUCUUUACUUUUUUCAGUUGAAAAUUAAUAAAAAUUAAUGUUUGCUUAAUAAGAUUCAGAAAAAUGAAAGCAAGUCUCUUCCUUCAGUUAUCCCAUAGGUGGGUUAUCAAGGGACGGAGCUUUACAGACAGGCCUAGAUUCCUUGUCUUUUUAAAGUUACUUGAACAAGCUUACAUAUCCAGAUGUUUAAAAAAACAAUUACAACCACAAAAUAAUAAAAUCCACAGAAAAACUCACAAAAAGACAGUUCUGGGUAGAAGGGGAAAAUUUAACCAACCAACCGGAGUGCUUGAUUGUGGUGAACACAAGUGCCAACAAAAAAAUUAACAAACCAGGAUGCCUGGUAGUUAAGAUGUUUUUAAUGAUUUUUUUUUCCAUUAGUCAAACACAAAUUUAAUAAAGCUGAAUUUUCUUUACGUUACAGGGGGGAAUGAAUGUAAGAAUGCACAUUUGAAACAUAGUUAACAUUUUCUUUUUUGUUGCUUAUGACUGGACUUAGAUGGUAAACCAGAUAUCCUGAGAUGUUAAUAUUUCUUAAAUGUUAUAAAUAAAACUAAGCAUAUAUUUGA